AUGUGUCGCCAAAUCACGGUAUCUUACACCUGCCCCGAGCCAUGCGGCUACACCCAAAGCGCUUGGGAAACGCACUGCCAAUACACUGGCCGUGAUAAUCUCCAAGGCGGAUGCGGCCGCGCUGACAACGCGGGCAUGAGACAAGUAAACUACCCCUGCCCUCAUCACCGCGGCCUCAACUUCGACUUCAUCGCCGGCAACGUAAUUGGGCAGACCGGCCGGGAUCUCGGUCGACCGACAUGGCAAAACUUUCCCGACUCGUGUGCUGUGCAUCGUGCUGUGCUCGGCGCGGCACAAGCUAGACAGCGAGAUCGUUGGGUAGAGAAUCCAGACCUGUUUGAGCGCGAACCAGGCAUGCCCGAGAAGAUCUCCGCAGCAUGUCAAACAAUCAAUGGAGUGCGCACUUCAAACAGAUUUACAAUCCAGGUGCAGGUAUGA